AGAAGAUGCCAGUGACUUCUCCCUGCUCUGAGCUUUGAUGAGCAAGCUCCUCUUUGGCUCAGUGUUUAAGUAAUUAUCUGAUUAUUUUUGCUGAGCUCUGCCAGUGGCUGUGCUGCAUUUCUACGCUUUACUGAGAUGAACCAGAUUCAGGGGUGCAAGCUUAGCAGAUUGUGCUCCAGCUCUGCAGGACGAGGUCCCAGAGGAUUCAACAGCAAGGUUCAUUUCUGAAGUUGUGGUCAUCUGAUUGCUGCUUCAUGAAGAGAAGAGAUGCUGAUGAUACUGCUUCUGGGAUGGACUACGUUACUUUCUGGCCUCCCGCAUGCAGCUUCCUCUUUAACAUCCCGAUUUCCAGUGAGUAGAGGCAGCAAGUGGCUGGCUCGGAAAUGUGAAGUCUUCUUCCUGCCUCCUCUGCCUCCUCCUAUGUUUCCUCCAAUCAAACACAAAGCAGAGCUGAUGGUCAACAUGACAGAACACAUCACAGGACCUACAGGGGAAAAGGGCUGCAGAGGGCUGCGAGGAGCAAAGGGUAAACCUGGUGUGACAGGUCCAAAAGGAGAACCAGGACCACAAGGUCCUCUGGGAAAACCAGGUCAGAAGGGGGAGAAAGGUGAGAGAGGCUGGAGGGGUCUGUAUGGAGACAUCGGAACUCCUGGGAUGAUAAAGGGCAGUAAAGGUCAUCCAGGACUCAGGGGUGAUAAGGGCCUCAAAGGAUACAGAGGCCCCACAGGAGAGAAGGGCAAGCGUGGCGUCCAUGGGCCAGCUGGAGAGCAGGGACACCUGGGCCAGAAGGGAAACAGAGGUCUGAUGGGGGAGCAAGGAACAAGAGGAGAGCCAGGAGCCAGAGGGAAGAUGGGCUUAAAAGGUUCUAUGGGACCGGCCGGGGAACAGGGAGACCCUGGUGCAGCAGGACUGCAUGGUCUACAUGGAGAGCCUGGUCUACCUGGACAAGUGUACAUCCUGCCUGGACUGCAGGGAGACUCCGGCAGCAGAGGACCCCAACCCCCUGCAGCUGCCCACGAGGUCAAAGUUCACAGAGUCCAUUGGACAAUGUACUGACGGUGUUUAUUGCAGACGGAGAGAAAGAGAUGAGGCGGUUGCGGGCGGAGAACGUGAUGGUGCUGAGGACGGACAGAAGAUCUCUCUUCAUCUACACAGAUUCCCAGUGGA